AUGACGACUCCGUUCACUCCUGCGGGGACAGGCCGCGUGCUGGGAGGCGCUGUGGGCUCGUUCGCGGAUCAGCACGUGCUCCUAACGCCUGCGCAGCUGGCUGCCGCCGCGCGGUGUAUGUACACCCGAAUCGACUCGUUCACUGGCGAGUACAAGUUCCUGUCGCUCGACUAUCCAUGCCUGGUGUUCUUCCAAGGACGGUUCUUCCCGUCCGCGCGACACGCCUUGCUAGCAGCCCGGUACCCGAAAGCGGUUGACGAGCUGAGCAUCAUCGAGGACAUCAAAACCCUCAAGAAAGUCGCAAAGGAGAAGGAGGAAGAUCCGGACUGGAUGCGCUUGCGACUCAAGUGGCUAGAGCAUAUCCAACGCGACAAAUUCCGCCGCCACGCAGACCUCCGCGAGAAGCUGCGGAACACUGGCGGCCGCGAGUUGGUGUGGCUGAACAACGGAGACAGUUUCUUCGGCCAAGUGGGGAAUCGAGGCCAAAACCACUUGGGACGAAUCCUCAUGGAAAUCCGCACAAACAUCAAUGAAGACACAGAACUCGAAUCGUGGAUCGUUAUCUGCCACGACAUCGAGACUGAUGAACGUUCCGUUCCCAUUUUGAAGCUCUUGGAGAGGAAGGAAGGGGAAACUCAAGUCACGGAAAUCGUCCUCAAAGGGAAGAGCUUCUACAGACUCGGAAAGCUGCCUGACAACGAUCUCGUGGCGCUCAAUCCUUCGAUUUCGAGACGACAUGCGGCGCUCGUUGUGCUCAAGGGAGGCAGUAUCUUGUUGAUUGACUUGAAAAGCAAAGCAAAAACGUUCAAAAACGGCGUUGCACUGGAAAAUGACCACGUGGGCGUCCAGAUCGAGACGAACGACAUCAUCAGUCUGGGAACCUCCACGCGUCAGUAUCUCCUGGAAAUCGACAACACAGGCAUCCUCGACUACCUGCAGCGACGCAGUCGAGAGUUGAGGAAAGAAAUUGCCAUGCUCGAAGACGACUUUGAUCCGAGCUCCUUGAACAAAAGCGCGAAUCGACUGUUUAUCGGAGGCCUCGCCUACAACACGAGUCGUUACGACAUUUGCGAGCUCUUUGGUCCGAUCGGCCCAAUCGUUGACGUCUCUUUGCCGCAAAUCGACCGGUCUAUCUCAAACGACGCAGAAGACGCCUUUGCGGUGCGCGGCAUUGCCUUCAUCGAAUUUGCUGACAAGAAAGACGCUCGAACGGCUCUCGAGCUCUCGGGAAGGCAUCUCUGCGGCCGACCAAUCACUGUGAACUAUGCAAACUUGACGAAGGAGGAACGGGCUGUUCAAAACGCCCUUCUGGGGGAGGAGAAGUGUUUGUCUUCGUUUGUUCCCGCGACGUCCAAGACGUUUGAGCAUCCGACUCAGCGAGCGUUGCAGGGCGUUAACUUGGACCUUUCCGCGGAAGGCGACACGAAGAAGCGGAGUCGAUGGGAUUUGCACGACGAUCGCACAGAGAAGAACUACGGAGCGGAUGAAAGCCGAUUUGUCGGCGAGGGUUUGCGCAGCGAGAAGGAGGCACAGCGAGAACUGUUUGUUGCUGCCGGUCGCGAGGCUGUCCCCUCCGGCAACUCUAAUUCUGCGUCCGGUUUCAGCGGAGGACCGCCGGAAGAAAGAGAGCGAGACGAGCGAGCGCGGGCGGAAGCAGAAGAGGAGAGGCAGCGACGGCAGAGAGAGGACGAGCAGGCAUCGGGGAGCGACGGCGAGGAGCGAGGAAGGCGCGACAGAGAGGGAGAGAGGCGAAGUCGCCGAGGCCGAGAAGAUGAACCGAAAAAGAAACGGGAGAAGGAAGAAAGCCACAGACGGCGCGAGAAGUCCAGGCGGGAGGACAGCGAAGAGCGAGGAGACAGAGAAGAAAGGAAGAAGAGGAAAGGCGAGUCCAGCUCCAAAGACGAACGCCGACACCACUCUGGACAUACCGGCGACACAGGCGAAGCAGGAAGAGGUUCCUCAGGCAAAGAGCGCGAAGAGUCUGAGCAGGACGAGAAGAACCGAGGCUCCAGAAACCGCAAAAAGGAGAGGCGGCACAGCUCACAGGAGUAA